GCCUCGCAGGCACUGCUCCCUCUUACACCGCUGCCAUUAACCCUUUCCACUUCACACGUGCUAUUGAGCCAUCACAGGCAGCAAAAAAAAAAAAAAGUACAGAGAGCAGCAAGCAGCUGCUUGCAUUAUCCUGCAGACUCCCAUCAUGGCUUUCCCAAGUUUCAGUCCCAGCUGUAGUGACAGCAGCAGUGUCACCUGCAGAAGCAGCAGCCACCAGUAUGGGACGGAGCAUGCAAACUUGUCACCGACAGGCCACCUGCUGGUAGCUGUGUUUCUGGGAAUCAUUGGAAGUUUGGGCUUCUUCAGCAACUUGCUGGUACUUGUCCUCUUCUGCCAUUACAAGAUGCUGCGGUCCCCCAUUAACAUGUUGCUGAUGAACAUCUCUCUGAGUGACCUGAUGGUGUGUAUCCUGGGUACCCCGUUCAGCUUCGCCGCCAGCACCCAGGGACGUUGGCUCAUCGGAGAAGCCGGGUGCAUCUGGUACGGAUUCAUCAACACACUUUUUGGAACAGUAUCUCUGGUUUCUCUGGCUGUACUGUCUUAUGAGCGUUACUGCACCAUGCUCAGGAGCACAGAAGCGGACGUGACAAACUAUAGGAAAGCUUGGUUUGGAAUUUUAGUUUCUUGGGUAUACUCCCUUUUUUGGACUCUACCGCCACUUUUUGGGUGGAGCAACUAUGGCCCAGAAGGACCAGGUACCACGUGCUCAGUGAACUGGCACUCCCGCAAUGCCACAAACACAUCUUACAUUGUGUGCUUAUUCGUAUUCUGCUUGGCGUUGCCUUUCAUCGUCAUUGUAUACUGCUAUGGAAGACUGUUGUUUGCCAUCAAACAGAUCAGCAGUGUCACAAAAGUCACAGCCCGAACUCGGGAGCAGAGAGUCCUCAUUAUGGUCAUUGUGAUGGUCAUCUGCUUUCUUCUCUGCUGGCUGCCAUAUGGAAUAAUGGCCCUGAUUGCUACUUUUGGGAGACCAGGCCUGAUUACCCCUUCUGCUAGCAUUAUACCUUCUGUUCUGGCAAAAAGCAGCACUGUUUACAACCCCAUCAUCUACAUCUUUAUGAACAAGCAGUUCUACAGAUGCUUUGUUGCCCUACUCCACUGCAGCAGAGCUCCUCAGAACUCAAGUAAUAAAGGCUCCUCCAAAACUACCAAAAUCUGCUUGGCAACACGUAGGCUCCCUGAAAACCUGACCUGCAAUGCUGCUUCUUCAAAAUGUCCUACCUCAGAAGAAGACAAAAACUCCAAUGCAGAUACAAAGCCAGCUACUUAUUGCCAAGAGGAGACAAAAACAUUGUAUCUCCAACAAAAACCAUCUGUCACGUUGGUGGCACAUUACACACCCUAAUUGUUUUUUCAAUUUGAAGGCCAGAGGGACACUAAAGCAUAGAAGAAGAUGUUUGUAGCAUGGUUUCCCAUCAGGAAAACCUAAUAUGUCAUAAACGAUUGUUACAGUGUACUAGCUGUACACAUGCAAAUUCUUGUCUGGGACCCUUGGUCAGUGUUUUUUUGUCUCCAAAGGGGCUAGUGAACUUGCAAGGAUUAUUUCAUCUGAAAAGCGUUUAAAAUAUGUUCACUACGAGUAGCAGAUUUUGAUUAAAAAUAAUUAAAAAAAAUGUGUUACUUGGUUGGAUAUGCCUAAUUUGAGUUAUCAAGAUGGAUACACCAAAGCAUAUCCAAAUGUGUCUGUAUCGUCUUUACGAAUUGCUGAGGUUUCUGAGCUCCAGACCAGGUGGACAGAGAAGAGAUUGUGAUGACAAAUCAUAAGGUCCAAUGAUAAAGGAGAACUCCAAUCAGGGUCAGCAUUACAAUUAGACAUACUUAUAAUAAGGUUAUAUUCAGGUGCAGGAGUUCUCAUUUUACAUUCAUUUAACGUACACACAUUUCAAAUAACACCAUAGUAAAGAUUUUGGGAUGCAGAAGGAAACAUAAUGACUGGGGUGGAAUAAAGAUGUUUCUCCCAUAUGCAUACACUGGCAUAAAGAUAUAUAUAAGUUCUGAAUGUGAAAGACUGCAAAAGAUUUGCCUGCUCUUCAGGCUACUGCCCAAAUUGCCCCUAUUUUAAGUUGGCAAUACAUUUUAUAAUCUUGUUGUUCAGUUUCCUUUAGAUUUACCUUCAGCUAUGAAGUGCAAGGGCUUGCCUGAUUGCAUACAAAUUGAAAGUGUUUAGGUUUUAUCCCAUAUUAUAUGGUUCUGGUAAAUCUAAAAUUGUACAAGAUAAUUGUGCCAGCCUUACUGCAAUCUAUAAGACGUAGAGGUGUCCACUGAUGGACUUUGGAUUAAAAAGUAGUCUUGAUUAUAGUGCCUUGAAAAAGUAUUCA